CCCGGCCCUCUUUCUUUCUCUCUCGCGGGGGUGGCUGCUGUAUGGGGCUGGGGCUCCUGCGGUCCCGGUCCGUCCCAGCUUCCCCUGUCCCCGCUGCCUUCCUCCCCCAGCGUCUCCCCCCCCCCACUCCCCAGCUCGCUGCCGCUGCCUCCCCCUCCCGGCCUGCGCUCCUCUCCCCGGCUCCUCCACCCCGCCCGCUGCCUGCUCAGGAUUGUGUCCCUGGGAUCGUGAGCUGUGGCUUAAAAUCCCCUUUCUCUGUGCUCGGUGUGUGUGUCCCUUUCCCGCGUGUGCGUGAGGAUGCUUGGGGGCUGUGCUGGCAUGAACUUGGGGAGCGGUGCUUAUUUCCCCCAGAAAACUGUUUCUGUGUUUUUUCAUUCCACUUUCCCCUCCACUUCUUCAUGCCCUUUAUUUAAAAUGGGGGAGGGCUGGAAACUAGAGUACUCUGAACCAUAGAUUCAUUACUGCAUCAUCCUUUUGGAAGCUUAGCUUGGAAAAAGAGGAGUGAGAUUUAUUGCACUUGUAGGUCUAAUUAGGGGGGAAGGGGGGGCUUCUGGCUUGUUCACUGGUUCCCUCUCCUCUUCACCGAGCUGGGGCCGCCUCCUCCAGAGCUGUGGCCUUGUUUUCACCCCUCUACUUUGAAAGGAAAGUUUGUGACUGAACCGUGCUUUCAUAGUUGUGUCAUUUUUUUUAAAGCAUGAUACUCGUUUUAUUUCUUCAUCAAACUCCACCCUCUGCUUAAAUACUGCAUACAAAUUACAAUUUACAACGGCAUUUACCGAUCCUUCUGAUUUGGCUAUAAUGCAUAGGCUGCAGCUGGCAGGAGCUUCCACAUCAUUUAAUCCCUGUGUUGUAUGGGUUUGGUUUCUCUUAACACAACUUUUGAUGUUGUAUUUAGAUAUGCUUCAUGUUCAUGUGGCAAGAGAUGCAGUACUUUUCUUAUAAAUAUAUUUAGCCAUUUACAGUUAAAGUUUAUCUCCUGACAAUCAUUAAAAAUGUCUUAUAGUCAAAUUAGUGAACCAGUCAAUUUUGCAGAAUGCAGAUUACUCCUUCUUGUAAUUGACUUUAAAAUUAUAUUUUAUAUGCCACAAGAAAAGAAAUUGAAUUCCUUCAGAUCUCAAGGAGGAGACAAAUAUGACGACUUCAUUUCUAGCUCCAGGGAGAUUUUGUAGGCAUCUGAAAAAAAAAAACUUUGAAUUGUACUCUCAUUUAAUUGAAAAAUAACUGACAAGUUCAAACUAUAAUUAGAAAAAAGUAUUCUAGCUGUUAUGUUUCAAGAACUUAAAUUUCAUUGGGGCAUGCAUUAAAAUUAGAAUCAACGUAAACUUAAGGAAAUAGUGUACAACCUGAAGUAAGAUAACUACGUGUACAUGGACAUAUCUAUAUUAAUUUGUUGGGGGGGAGAGUUUAGUAGCCCUAACUUUUCCUAAAGUUGUCUUUGUUUACAUGGCAAUUUAAAACGCUGGCAUUGUUGAAGUAAAACAUACACAUUAAAAAAAAAACUUUGGUCAGCUUUAAGAACUCAAAGCAUGCUUACGUUUUGCAUUCAGAUGGUUAAUGAAUCCAGUGUUUUUGCAGUUGCAAGCUCGUGCAUUCACUGGGCAAAAGCUGGCUGCAGGUUGCAGUGGCACCGCGCAGGACAGACAUUAAUUAUAUUUCCCACUUUUUUCAAUAAUGUUUGGCUACUCGGUUCAGCGAGGAAGAAUGCCUCCAACUCAACCCAAUCCAGGCCAGUACGCACUCACCAACGGGGACCCCCUCAACGGCCACUGCUACCUGUCCGGCUACAUCUCGCUGCUGCUGCGCGCGGAGCCCUACCCCACGUCGCGCUACGGCAGCCAAUGCAUGCAGCCCAACAACAUCAUGGGCAUCGAGAACAUCUGCGAGCUGGCCGCGCGCCUGCUCUUCAGCGCCGUCGAGUGGGCCCGCAACAUCCCCUUCUUCCCGGAUCUGCAGAUCACCGACCAGGUGUCCCUGCUACGCCUGACCUGGAGCGAGCUGUUCGUGCUCAACGCAGCCCAGUGCUCCAUGCCGCUGCACGUGGCGCCGCUGCUGGCCGCCGCCGGCCUGCACGCCUCGCCCAUGUCCGCCGACCGCGUCGUGGCCUUCAUGGACCACAUCCGCAUCUUCCAGGAGCAGGUGGAGAAGCUCAAGGCGCUGCACGUCGACUCGGCCGAGUACAGCUGCCUCAAAGCCAUCGUGCUUCCUGUGGCUGCUCGGGCAGAUGCCUGUGGCCUGUCGGAUGCCGCCCACAUCGAAAGCCUGCAGGAGAAGUCUCAGUGCGCGCUGGAGGAGUACGUGAGGAGCCAGUACCCUAACCAGCCCAGCCGCUUCGGCAAACUGCUUCUGCGACUGCCCUCGCUGCGCACCGUGUCCUCCUCGGUUAUCGAGCAGCUCUUCUUCGUGCGUUUGGUAGGUAAAACCCCCAUCGAAACUCUCAUCCGCGAUAUGUUACUGUCUGGGAGCAGCUUCAACUGGCCUUACAUGUCCAUCCAGUGCUCCUAGACCUCGGGCGCUUCCCACCUGCCCCCGCCCCCCUAGAGACUCAGAGGACGGCGGGGGCUUUGGACUCCAAAGCCGCAGGGACAGCGGGCGGCUGAUGCAGGGUGCAGCGGCCGGGCAGGCCGGGCAGAGGGGAGGAGGGCCGGGACGACAGGAGCAGCCCACCCUGCACAAAUGCAACCCGAGCUGCAAACCAGGAGAAAAAGACUCUUUUUAGGAUCAGAUCUGUGAACACGUUGGAAAGGAAAGAAAAAAGGACCUUGUGUCUGGUGAGGAAAAGAAAAACGAUUUUGGAAGACAGGACCAUGAAAAUUUUAAUAAAACAGAAGGAGACUAAUGGACCUUCCAGGAUUUAUUGUGGACGGAUGUGGAUAUAUUCUGUACAGAAAACAACACACAUGGAGGUGGACUGAAUCCUAUGUAGAAACACACACACACACAGACACACACAAACACACACCCCCCCCAAACAUUGUUAUUCAUUUUGUAAAAUACUAGUCUUUAUUUUCAUUUUUUUGUAAAAUUUAAACAUCGUAUGCACAUAAAAAAAGAAACAAGAAUUAGGGGAAAAUAACAUUUUCCAGAUAAUUAUAAAAAAUUGUCCUGUGUCUAUGUAUCUAUAUCUGUUUUGUAUUUUUUUCUGGUUCCAAACCAGAUUUCCUGUGAUUCUAUACUAAUAAUUUUUGAUAUAACCCUUUGCUUCUUAUAAUGAGUGCGAUAUAUGUUGUCAAGGCUGUUCUUCAAGAAUUAAAAUUGAAGUGAAAAUUUAAACAAAAAAAUAAAAGAAUUUAGCAAAA